AUGAAUAAUAACAAUUUUAUUUUUAAUAGCGGGGAUAACAACAACAAUGAUGACAGUAACUACUACUCCCAAGCAAAUAACAGUGGCCAUCUUCUACCACUUGUUCAGGGAGAUUCAAUGUCAACAUUUAAUUCAACAUCUCCCACAUCGUCUAUAUCCCCAUCCAACAACAAUACAGGUUUGAACAAUAACCAGAGUCAAGUAUCUUCGGAAUCAGUACUAUCGAAUUUUUUCCACACGACAAAUAAUUCAAAUCCCUCGCUUACAAAAUUAACCAAUCGGCAUACGACUUCAAAGAAGCCAAAACGAAAGAGAGCUACAAACAUUAGAGCAUGCGAUACUUGUGCUGCCAAAAAAGUAAAGUGUGAUGCAAACAGACCGUGUGGCCAAUGUCGGGCAAACAACCUAGACUGUACUCAUACCAGAGAACGCAAAAAAACAGGUCCAAAGACUCCUACACAAAAGGCUCUAGAAUCGAUCAAUAAUCUAACUGAAGUGAUUGAAAUAAAUGCCAAUGGGAAAAGAAGAAAUUUAUCCAGAACUGGUUCAAACAAUUCCGCCGUUACCCGAUGUUCAUCUAAUGAAUUAACUCAUGAUCGUACAGAAACAGAGAAUUCUAACCAACCCUUGUCAUCUAGAAAUUCUGCAUCGCCACCAAUAUCUACCGGAAGCUCAAUAAGACAAUUCAAUACAUCAAGGCAAAUUUCUGGGAAUAAUGGUAAUGGAGACACAAAUGAAACAAAUAAUAACAAUAACAUACAUCAACAAACCUUAGAACAACUACAAGGAAAAUUGUCUAUAAACGAUACAAGUACUACAAAAAGCGGAAAAUUUGCAGCUUCUAUACCUUCUGCUACAACUAUUGAAGAUUAUAUUGUCACUCCUUUUCAUCUUAUGGAGAAUAUAAAUCUAAUUGGGGAAGAACCAUCAAUUCAUGAACUAGUUAGACCGUUGACUGUUGAUUCAGUUAUUUUGAAUUAUGGUCGAUUAGUUGAAUUUUUAGUGUCCAAUUAUCCAGAUUCAGGGGACGGCAAUUAUCAAAACAAUCCACGUUACCAAGAAUUAAACCUUAUUAAUCAUCACGAUAAUUCUUUAUACCUAUCUACAUUGUUAAUAAUCCUAACUUUGAAUCAAAUUAUUGCUGAAGUUCUUAUCAAAUUGAAAAAACAAAAAUUCAAGAAAUUUGUUCGAUAUCCUAAAAAGUACUUAUUGUCCCGACCAUUUAAGAACUUCAAAAAUUUGUGUCAUUUUAAAGUGUUAGAGAUAUUUACAUUGAUUGAGAAAAAUUUUAUUGUUCCACCGGUAAUUCCCCAAAAUAGGGCACACAGACCUAGUUUUGCUAGUAGCAACAAUACUGGUAGUAAUGAAGUGCAUACCUCCACAAUUGUCACCAACAAUCACAACAACAACAAUAAUAAUGGACAAACCCAUUCAUUUAUGCACUUGACUCAUUACCAGAUAUAUUAUAAUUUGUCGUUGUCAAGUAUUCAAUUAUGUAACUAUUACCAUAUCUUGAAUUUAACCAACACUUUAAAUUAUACAAAUCUGAAUGAGUAUAAUUACGGAAACGAAGCGCAAGAACACCAAAAAAUUUUGUACAUGCACCGAGCAAUUACUUAUUUUCAAUUAAUAAAUUUUAGAAAUAGUGACGUAAUAGACCUUGUUCAGGAGUUAUAUGAGUUAUUAUACAGUUGUGAGCGGUAUUAUGUUGUUAUGUCGUCACAUAAUUAUAACAUCAAUGUAACAAGAAACAAUGACAUUAUUUUGCAAUUACGUUCAAACAAGUACAAAGGUACAAAUUAUACCUACGAAUUGAUGAGAUUCUUAGAUUCAAAACAAAUGAUUGAUGAAUUAUGUUAUAAAUCCAAUUUCAAUGUUUUAUUAAAUUAUACAAAACCAGUUUCUGGUUAUUUUGAAUUGAAAACAGCGAUCGACAAACUAAAUGCAAUUGAGCCAAUACACAAAAUAAUCCAUAAUAUUGUAUUGUUUAAAUUGUUACUCAUUAAACCAUUGAAUUUUGUCGAAACUAAGCAUGAGAUUGUUACAAUUAUUAGAAACUUGAAUUUGCUAUUAGAAGAGAAUGACAGUGAUACUUUUAAAGUAAAAAUUUCCAAUUAUCAAAUAAUACAACCAAUGUUACAUUGCUUAAAGAGUUUUCUUGAAAUUAAACAAGUUGAAGUCAAAAUUGGUACUCCACAAUUAGAUUUGCUGGACCAAGUUUUGUUAGUUCAAUUUAGUGAAAAUUUGAUUUUACAUUUCCCAUUUUUCAAUAAUAUCAAUAAAUUGAUUAGAGCACAUAAAAUUUUGAAUAACUGGUUCCUCAAUUUGAGUGAAAUUAAGAAAGAUGAAUUGGAGGUACAAAAUGAAAAGAGUCAACAACAGCCCAAACCUCAGCUGUUCGAACAACCGAUUGAGCCACCACCACAACAGCAGACACAAGAACAGCAACAACUGGCACUGCAUAAUUUGGAAAAUGAUUUACAGAACCAAAUAUUUACUCCGACUUCCAAUAGUUUUCUGAUGAAUAUCCCAAUGCACAAUGCGGUUCUGCAAAUGUCGCCCAAUUUAAGCCAGGUAUCUCUGCAACAGAAAAUUGCCAGCCAGAUAAAUUUGAAUGAAUUAUUAAGAGAUCUUAAUGGCACACCGUCAUCAACUACAGAUUUUAUUAAUCAAUACAGCACUUAUAAUAUUCCUGACAACUUGGUGAAUGCAAUUUCAAAUUCAAUAACUCAACAUCAAGCAGAUGACGAAGAAGAGGAAGUGAUAGAUAAUGAUGAUGAAGACGACGACGACGACAACGAUCAAGACCAAUUCUUUUCCAUUGUGCCUCAAAAUCAACAUGGCCACAAAUUUGCCAAUCUCCAAACCCCUCAGCCAGUUUCCAAUUUGGGUUCCAGUGGGGUACGGUUAAAUAAUGGUUCAGUUUCAACUGCAACACCACCAGGCGCUACUAGUAGCGGUGGUGGCAACAAUACUGGCAGCUUCCUUUCAUUAUUCAAUGCUACUAAUUUUGUGGAUGACCAAACUGAUGGUACUAAUGGUGCUGCUGGUAUGGGAAAUAGUUUUUUCAACUUGUAUCAGUUGAAUAAUUUACCCGAAAAGUAA